AUGAUUUUUGAAAAUCUCACUCAUCCUACAUUCGAGAACGUAGAAAUUAUUGGUAUUGGCCCUGUUUCCUCAAAAGUCCUAUACGCCCAUCCAAUGAAUUUAUUAAAAAUCGCGUAUAAUAACGUGAAGCAUGACUAUAAAAAAAGAAAAAUUUCACUUGAAAAUCCAUAUUCGAUUUUUCUAACUUUUUGAAAAAAAAUUAAAAAAAAUAAAAAAAAAUAAAAUAUUAAUUUUUCAUAAAAAUUGAAUUGGAAUCUUUGAGAAGAUAAGAGAAUUUUGUGGAGGAGGAGAUCAGGAACAAAUAAAAUCAGCUCCAAGCAGAUGGGCUCAAAUAACUGAAGAAGAAAAAGUCCAUUUUCGCUUAAAAGCUCAAGAAAUCAACCAACAGAGAAUGAAAAACGAAGAAAAGAAAAUUGAGUCACAAAACCCUAACUCCCCCCCAAUCCUUGAUCGAACGACUCGCCAUCGUUCGAUCAAGGAUGGGGGUUAAAAAAACAUUUUUCGGGAAAAAAAAUUUAUAUAUAAAAUAAAAAAAUAUAUAGAUAUUUUUUUUUAUUUACUUUUAAUUAAGAGGGUUAAGAAUAUUUAAUAAUUAUUUUUACAGCAAAAAAAUUUAAUUUAUUUCAUAAAAUACCAAUUUUUAAUAUUUUGAUUUAUUAGUUACCCCUUUAAAUUGUAUAAAUUUUAAUUUGUUCCUUAUUAAAUUAAAUUUUUUUAAAAAAAAAUUUUAAAGAAUCUCUAUUUUAUUAGAUUAUUGAGUUUUAAGCAUAUGUUAAUGACUAAAUCACUUCGGAUGGUUGAUUUCCGCAGCUUUCUGUCGUCUCAAAGCCUCUGAAAACAACUUCAUUAUGUACAUCUUCCUAAGCUUUUGAUAAAUAAUAUAUUUUUAUAUAUAUAAAAAUUUGCAUGAUAUGAAAAUCGUUCGAUCAAGGAUGGGGGUUAAUUUUCCCCAAUUUUUAGGAAUUUUUACAGUCAAUCGUUCGAUCAAGGAUGGGGGGGAGUAAAGACAUUUUAUCAGCUAGCAAGUAUAAAGCAAGAAGAGUCCGAGCUGCUUUUGGGUUUUUUGUGUCUUUUGAAAUGACAAAAAAUAAGACAGAGAAGUUAAAGCUCCAUAAAUUUACAUCAAAAUGGAAAGACUUUCCUCAAGACAGAAAAGAGCCAUAUUAUGUUCUGCACAGAAUAGAUAAGAAACGGAAAGAAUUUGAAGCAGAAGUUGUGCAUCGAUUUGAGCUGAUUUUAAGAAUGAUUCAAGCGCAGAACCCUAAGGUGUUUUUAACACUCAAUUCCAAAGCUAAUGAAAGAUACUUAUCGGUUAGGUUUUCACUCGAGAACUUCUGGACAGCAAUAGCGGUUUAACUCUGGGGAUAACCAGAGGAACUGCUCCUCAGUCCUCUCAAGAUUUCGGGCUUUUACCUCUUAGCACAUCCCCACGGGAGGAUGACCCUUAGGCGGAACACGCGCAGGAGCUGAGUCGAGCGACAAGGGCGACGGCAUCGCGCCGGGUGAGACGUGCAGCAAGGCUGGUGAAGCAGGAGUUGAUAGAAGGCUUGGCCAGGGCUGACCUGUUCCAAGAUGGCUCGCCUACGUCACUAGUUUUGCCAUAGGCCCUUUUUGGGCUGCGGCACUAGACACCUUAAACACCAGAUAAUUAAGUUAAGUAAGUUAAGAAAAAGAUACUUAUCUUUUUAUUUAGACGAUAACUAAUUUAAUCCAUAUUUAUUUUUUUUAAAAAAAAAAUUAAUUUAUUUUAAUUUUGUUGCCGAGUUAAGCAAUUAUCAACCCAGUGUCGGUGAAAAUGGCCCACUUAUCCUAGGAGACAUAGGCCAUGCGAAAUUUAAAACAAGAAGAGAAGAAAAAAAGGAAAGGCUAUGCGAGAUGUUUAAACUCGUCUUAACCAAAUGCUGCAUAGAUUUCGGAGAUCUUUUAUAUCUUGAAAAUCCGCAGCAAACUGAAAUGUCUCGAUUUGAUGAAGACUAUUAUAAUCAGAUGUCCUCUCACGCUUAA